AUGAAGAAACGCAAUUUGGAAAGGCUAGAGAGGUGAGCUAAGGAGAUCUCAUUAACAUCAUUGACGAUUUGCUUGUUUACUUUAACAAAACAGGCCCACACUUGUACUUUGUGUGAUAUAAGAAUGUGUUCUAGAUACCAGUAAGUUAUUCCGUACAAAGGUCGAAAUUGCUUGUCUUUGUUUGAAGGGAAAAGAAAACAAAAAUUUAAUGAUUAUUUUCUUUUUUAUUGGCCGCAAGGUUUUUGAAACAUUGCUCUUAUAUGACUAUUAUAUAUAAACCCCUACCCACAAUUAUUGAUCAGAACCCUCUACAACCCAAGAACCCUCUACAACCCAAGAAGUAAGUAAAAAAUUAUCAGAGAUUUGUUUAGGAUCUAGAGGGAACAAAGUACUGCAAAAACUCAUUGUUUUAUGCAUUCAAAGUGAAGUUAUUUUGUCUGGAUGUCUCUUUAAUUUACGGAAAUUUUUGCAAUACAUAAGUGUGAAAUUUCGUUCUCCGCAUUCAUGUCAGUAUUUGCAUUCUCUAUUUAAGGAAAGUUUUUUGGCAGCUUAAAAUUUUCCGUUUGUUUUCAAGCAUUUAUUUUCGGCGGUGUGUGGCAAGUUUGGCUUCGGACCUAGUUGAGACUUAGUCAGUUUUCUCAUUUCAUCAAUCUAGAUUGUUUGCACAUUUCGCGCUUGAAAUAAUUUUCUACGCCCACGUGGCAACGCACGUGGUAAGAGAAAUUCACUGAAGAUUAUCUUGAAUGUUGGCUAUUGUUUAAUUCAUCCCAAGAUUUUGUGUUGUUUUUUAAACACGUCAAUCGAAAACCAAAAAAAGGGGAGAAAUAUUUCGCGGUUUUCUGCAUGAAUACACAAGUCUGGUAGGCGUUGCGUUGUUUACUGAUUUACUGACAAUUAGGUAAGGUACUUAAGGAUCUCGUAUGUUUCAGCCUCUGACAUCACGUGAAGCUUUGAAAGUUUUGAAAUUGAGACUUGAAGUCCUUCGCCAUAUUUGCCUUGCUUUCUAUUCAUAGCCUUCAGGUAAACGAAUGCAGCGAUUUCUUGAGAGAGCUGAAAAAUUUGCAGAAGGGCUUUCAAACCUCAGAAGCGAGCAUGAUUACACACGUACGGGUGGAAAAUCAAGUAAAUUUUUGCUUUAAUUUUGUCUCCCCAUUAUUACUCAUACGCAAAUAGCGUUUUGUUUGGAAAUUGUUGAAUAAAUGUUAUAGCUUCAAUAGAGCUUGGUACCGGAAACAGACGAUUUAUAAAUAUUUCUGUCUUCCAUUCCAUUGCCUUCUUACUAAGAAAAUUGCCAAAUAACAGCAACUUGAUUGCGACAGACAAGUAUUUAACCCGCAUCAAGUUAAGAUAUCUUGCAGUUAUAAUCUAAUAUGUUGUGCGUAAUAGAAAUAAUUAAAUCCCAGAUCCAACCCUAGAGACAUCGGAAUAAAUGCUCACAAAGCAGACUUUUCUUGUGAGCAAAUUUACGACGAUUUGACAUACUACGCUCACGCUUUCAAACUUUAGUCCUUUCAUCAACGCAUGAAAAUCGUUUGACUGCAAAUUGUGGAACUUGAUUCGUGACUGCGCUGAAUGUGGCCGAAAACUAUAUCCAGUCACUUUUAAUUUUUCCAACUCUGCUUUCUCUUUGUACAGGAUUGGUUUCCUUAAAUUGCAAAUACAUGUAUCAUGGAAAACGAAGCUAACGGUUUGACAGACUCCUUCGUGGCCAGACUCACUCACAAAUCCUACCUUACGCUUGGAACCGCUUUCUCGUAAUCAAAAUGGCUCACGCCAUGACCAAGGCCCAGGGAUGAGGGCAGAGGUAAGAAAUAAUGAAUACAGCAUAGCUUUUGGAUGAGGAGUGGGACACUGAUAUUGCUUUUCUGGGACUACGUAGCGGGUUUGCUGGGGCAGGAAGGGCGUUCUAAAGUCAUUCUCAAUCACCAAAACUGAAGCUGAGAUCGCAGCUUUUAUCGACUACGACAUAAAAACUGGAAAAAACUAUGACAUCGAAUGAUCCAGAAAAUUUGAUCGCACAAGCUUAAUGAAAAAUUUAUUUCCUUUAUGACAAAAAGAUACCAUAGAGAAUUGCAAAAUGAACUCACAAAAAAUUUUUUUUCGCUGUUGCAACUGCCCCCUUGAGGUGCUUUGCGAUAUCUUUACAGAAAAAAUAUUACCAAUAUUCAUUUACUUAACACAGAAACAGCUCAUAGGUUUAUGAGGCAUCAAAACGAGCAUUCCAAGCGGGCAAAAUGGGUCUACAUCACCCGCUCGAAGAAUAUGCAUUUUUGAAAAUAAUCUUACCUUGUUUCAUUUCUCCAGAUUUUCAGGUCAAACAACACUGCUAUCGACUCGUCUGCAGCCAAAUUCUCUUCGGCCGAAGUCUUCCCAACGAACUCUCAAGCUUCGAUCUCCUUUAAAUUGUCUUCACUGAACAUAAGACCUUGGAAUGUUGAAUCUUUAGAGUCCACGAACAACAGUCAUCUUGCGUUGAUGCAAGGAGUAGCCAGAGCAACGGUCCAAAUGAACAGGAGAAUGCGGGAAAGAGAACAG